AACGUAGGUCGUAGACAUAAUUUAACGCAUUGUAUGAAUUGUAUCAUAUUGCGUUAAAGUUUACAAUCGCAGUGGUUACUUUUUAGAGAGUGAGAGUUCCAUAUGGUUAAUGUGAUAUUAGAAGUUAAUUGUAAAAUGGAAGAUCAUCCUUAUACAACUUUAAAUUCAUUUACAUAUGUUGAUUGUGUGAAAUCUUUACCUGAAAGUGUUAUUGAAGGAAAAGAGAGUGACGAUUUUCUUAUACAAUUAUAUAAGGAACGAAGAUACUUAUAUGAUAAAAGUCACAAAAAUUUUCAGAAUAAACAGAUAAAAGAAAAUGCGUGGUUUGAAAUUUCUACUAUUAUGCAACAAAGAAACCUAGGUAAGCGCUACACACCUAAAUAUUGUCAAACAAGAUGUACUUCUUUAAGAGAUCAAUAUAGUCGUGAAAAAAGAAAUAUUAGAAAUAAUUCCAAAAGUGGCAGUACUUGUUCAAAACGAAGAACAUUUCCAUUUUUUACUCAACUAUCUUUUCUUGACAAUUUUAUUAAAAGGAGAAGAACUUUUUUCAACGUUGAACGAAACAGGAACGCACUUCAGUCUAUAAAAGAUACAGAAGUAGUAACACAUGAAGAUAAUAAUAAUGAAUCUACUAGCGAAUCGGAGUAUGAACAGCAAAAUGUCAAAGUGCCUCAGAAAAGAAUUAUUAGUAUGUGUCAAAAUACGUCUCGAGACAUGGAGAAUCUUGAGCAAGUAUAUGAUCGAGAUAAUAACCGUACUAAACAAAUAAAUGGCUUAAGGUUUAAAAGACGUAAAAUUGAAGAAUCAAAAAGUAUUGAUGAUACAUUGACGAAUAUCAGUAAAACAAUUCUGAAUUUUCUCAAAAGUACGAAGAAAAAUACUACAGAUAGUAUAAAAACAAUUGAUCAGUCAUUCGCUAAUUAUAUUCGCGUACAUUUAGAAAAUAUUUCAGAACCCGAAAAAACAGUAAGAAAAAAGAUGAUAAUUGAUGCCCUUACUGCACCAAUACCCAAAAAAUAAUGAGGAUAACUAUACUUUAAAACUUUUUAAAGUAUGCUUUUAA